GUAUAACACGAAGACGACAAAUAAUCAAGUAUUAUGAGGGCAGAGUGCCAAGUCAUGACGAGUUGAAAGUCCGAGCGUAUUCCAGGUCAGUCCAUUAUCCGGGUUCCUAAGGCACAUACACGUUCACGACAGUUCCUUCUAUUUUCCUCACCGACCCCGUUCAAAACCAACAUGUCUUGGGAUAGCUAUAUCGACAAUUUGAUUGCGCAAACAAAGGACGCGUCAGGUAACGCGAACUGCGACAGGGCAUGUAUUAUAGGCAUCGAUGGGGGCGCAGCCUGGACAACAGCUGGACACGCAAAUGCUUUAAAAUUGCAAGGUCAGGAAGGAGUUAACGUUGCCAAAUGCUUUAACUCCAAGGACUAUUCUGUUUUUAUGGCGAGUGGCAUUCACCUUGAAGGCAUCAAAUAUCAAUUCUUACGGGCAGAGGAUGAUAAAAUAGUAUUUGGAAAGAAGAAGGGGGAAGGAGCCAUUACGUUACAAAGUUCGAAAACAGCAAUUGUGAUAGGCCAUUGUCCGGAAGGUUCCCAGCAGGGAAAUUUGAACAAGGGAGUUGCCUGUAUUGCGGAGUACCUUGAGUCCCUGGGUAUGUAGGCCUAAACUAAAUUGAAAUAAUGUACCAGAAAUACAUUUUAGGAAUACUUUUCAUCCCCUUUUUAAUGAGGAGUCUGCUGCUUGAAAUCCCUGGUUAGCGCUGCGGACAUAUACAACAAUAUGUACAAUAUCCUUGGCAACUGAUCACUAUCUAAUAUCUUACCAAAACGCCCGAGAAGUCGAUAUAACUGUGGCACAUGCAUACCUUUACUGAGACAUAACCAUGGUAUCAUCCUGACCAGGCACUAUAGAAUAAUCUUGCCACUUUGACACUGAUCGUCACAAAAUUUUGAAUAUUGAUAAGUUAUUUUUUUGUGAGGAUUCAUUUUCAGAGACCUGCAUUGCCAUGAAAUUGUGUUAAUAUCACUAUGACCAAUGAAAGCAAAUUAUCAGGUUUUUAUAGGAAGAGAUCAGUGUUGCCAUGGCAACCAUAUCUGUUCUAUUCAAGAGUAUGUUACUUUGAUAAAAUUGUAUUAUUCUUGUAUUUUUUGGGAAACACUUUAUAAUGCGAUGUGUAAACUUCUUCCAUCUGUUAACUUGACCUAAUUGUGCCUUUAAAGGCAUUACGAUAUUCCAGCAAAUAAAGAUAGCUAGAGUUAGAACCCCACCCGAAUCGACUAGUGUUAGAAACCUGCCUCAAUCAGCAUGGACUCCCUAGGCCCCCGAUACAUAACAAGCCCGCAAUUCUUCAGUAGAGAGAAAAGGCCUAUCGAAUCGCAAUACCACGUCAACAACUCUCACUCUUCUUGUUAAUUAUGUCACAUUUUGAAGCCAGUGUUUCUGGGCCGAGGUUAAAUGGUGAGAGGUAAUCACCAUUCUUCAGUGGAGAGAAGAGGCCUAUCUCAUUGCGAUACCUCAUCAACAUCGAUCGCUUUACUGGUUAUUCAUGUCACAUUUUGAAGCCACAACCUUCUGCGUAUCGGGGAAGCUGAUGAGGCGAGGUUAGUAAAUCCAAGCAAAAGACUUGCUGUAUGUAGUUUAGACUUACCGUUAACUGGCGAUGUGGCAUUCCUCUGUGAAGACAGAUAUCUCAUGACAUUUUUGUAAUUGCUUCGCAACACGCACCCAAGGGCCUAGGCGCUCUUUAACAUGGUUUUCGUUGAAAGAAGCUGCGACCAACUGGUAUGCUGUUCAUAUUUCUCCUUUCCGUGACUUUCUUAUUUUUACGUCAUGUCACGUCUGCCUCUGUCGAGUGGCACUCCCCAGUUAGGCAUUUAACGCUAGCAGGCUGAAUGUCCUGUUCAUCUUGGCCAUCGGCUCGAUUCAGGGGAUGCCUCAAUGUCCAGUUUGCACUAGUGUAAACUCCUUCAUUUUUGCAGCCUAUAUAUUUGCAGCAAAACUGUCAUUUUCAGUUUUGAGUGCACUUAUUUUUUUCAUGAUAAAACAUUCAGUUAAACAUUUUUUUUGCACCCAAGUUGUACCCCUUUUGUGAAAAUUACAAAAAUAUUAGGCUUGCAAAAUGAAGGGGUUUACAAAUCUAGAUGACAAUGUAAAUAUUCCAUAUCAUGGCUGAAAGAUCUUGAAACCUGAAAACCUGCAAUAAAAGACAAUGUGCUAAGAAUUACAUGUAUUCAGCUGUAAAGCUUUAUAUCAUUCCCCUGUAGACACUUUAUGACAAUACCACAACCAUUGUACUAGGGUCAUUUUCAAAAAGUGAUUUUUGCCAACACCAUAAUUUCAUAUUUUCAAAAAUACUGUAAUUGUGAAAAGAAAUUACAACUGAAAUCUCAGAGAAGUGUCUGUGGUAUGGUGUUAAAGAAUUACAUCAUUAUCCAGUAGAUUUAUGACACUCUCCCCCUGACACAAUGUGAAUUGGUUAUUAUCUAUCAAGUUCGAACCUUCAGUUUCCAGCAAUUGUUAGUAGAAAGUUCAUCUAAACCAGCCUUUUAAUUGAAGAGCUCUAUCUUGGUGAAAUAAUUAUGGUGAUGGCCACUUUUGGAAAAUGACCUGACACUUGUAGUUUUAUUCAGAAAAUCUCAAAUUCUGUUAAAUGUACUGUGUACAUUAAUGCAUCUGCAUGGCAUUGAUUUGUAACGGUUCCUUUGCAUUGCCAUUGGGUUGGCUGGCGGUGGUGCCAUCUUUUGAUUUCAAAAUCAACUUAAUCGCACCUACCUGUAUUAUGUCUGAAUUCCUGCUUUGAUUUGUUUGCAAGAGGACAAUUAGUACAGUCAGGCUCAUAAUGAUUUCAACACCGACUUUUUUCAAAUGUCUAAAUACAAAAGGAAAAGUCUACGCUAACACAUUUCUUAUGUAUGGCGAGAAAACAAAAUUUCUCACAAUAUGCUAAAAACUGCAUUGGAUAUGGUGCAUUCAUUUUGGAGAUAUUUUUCCAAAGUCAGUGUUGAUUAUAAUGUGAGCUAGACUGUACGUGUUUGCCGAUCUGUUUAUUCAUUGUCUUCCAUCCUUCGUCUUUCAAUGGGAAUUUUGUCGAAAUUGUUUUUCCAACCCAAGGUCAAGUCUUGGGCAUGCUAAGUAACAGAAGACUGAAGUUCCUUUGACACCACCUAACAUUUAUGUCUUAUUCGUCUUACAUGUGAAUUAGACACUACAAUGUCUGAUAUUGAUAAUGUAAUCUUAUUAAUGAAUGAUAUGUUAUCAUUCCAUAACCCCUCUGGUUGAUCUCCGAGCUCGUUCUGAGUCGAGGAAGCUAAAUAUACAUGUUAGGGGCCUUAGCCUAGCCACCGAUACAGUCGAAAUGAUAGUGAUAGAAUAAAAUAAAUAACACAUUAACAUUUA